CGUCAGCCAAUGAGAGAGGAGAAAUGGGGACCUCACGCUCCCUCCGUCCUGAUUGGGAAAACCUGUGGGGCCAGAAGCUCAGAUGAUCAUUUGAGCUUGAAGGUGAGCUGCAUCUUAUGGGCUUAAUGGAGUCCGCCGCAGCUUUGGUUAUGUCUCACUAAAAAGCUGCGCCAUUUUCAGAAACUGCAGGGGAGAUGUCUGACAGGCCGCACAGCCCCGGGUCCAAAGUCCGGACCUACGACUUCAGCCGGGCUUGCAACCAGGUUUUGGAUCAGGAAAGUUUGGGCAACUCCUCGUCUUUCCACUUCUCUCCUAUGCUAACGGAUCCGGGCCUGCUCUACAACAAGCCCACUUAUGGCGGCAUCACGCCCGCAUCCACGCAGGGCUUUUUCCCGUUUCCCCACGUCACUAGUGACUACCGGGGAUCCGAGCUGCAGGCUGGGGAGUUCGGCCAACCGAAGCAUUGGUAUCCGUUCGCUGCGCCCGAGUACACUGGCCAGGUACCCGGCGCGACUGCAGCCACCCAGCCCUCUAACCUCAGCCCCCCAAUAGCCCAGACCCGAGAACAGAUCAAAAUGCCCGAAAUCAAGAUUGAGAAGGACACGGAUGAGGAGUAUUCAACGGAGAUGAGGGUUCAGCAGUACCCCACGUCCUCUGCGCCCAUGCCCCAUGGGGUCUUCUACCCUGCGGCCUGGAAUCCGUCCUUGUGGCCCGGGAUCACCCACAUUGCGCCACCUGGAAGCAGCAACCAGCUCCCCACGAUGUCCUCCAUACCCUCCCCAUCCAUGUCUCCUUCGCCCCCAAACAACGCGGCCCCAGGGGCCCCGGCUUUCUUUGGCGUAAACUCGUCUCAAGGAGCCGCGGAGCCGCAAGCGCAGAACCCAACCUCCACGCGGAGCAGCGGGUCAUCCAGUGGGGGCUGCAGCGACUCUGAGGAGGUACAGGAGAACCUUUCAACAGAGGAGCUGGAGCAGUUCGCCAAGGAGCUGAAACACAAAAGGAUCACUUUGGGUUUUACGCAAGCAGAUGUUGGCCUUGCAUUGGGGAAUCUAUAUGGUAAGAUGUUCAGCCAGACAACAAUUUGCCGCUUUGAGGCUUUACAGCUGAGCUUCAAGAACAUGUGCAAGCUGAAGCCCCUUCUCCAGAGAUGGCUAGAUGAAGCAGAGACUUCAGAAAAUCCCCAGGACAUGUACAAAAUUGAGCGCGUAUUUGCUGACACCAGGAAGAGGAAGCGGAGGACCAGUCUGGAGGGAGCGGUGCGUUCUGCUCUGGAGGCGUACUUCAUCAAGUGCCCUAAACCAAAUACUCAGGAGAUCACACACAUAUCAGACGAUCUGGGUUUGGAGAGAGACGUGGUGCGUGUUUGGUUCUGCAACCGGAGACAAAAAGGAAAGCGUUUGGCCUUGCCCCUAGAUGAGGAGGGCGAUAUCCAGUACUAUGAGCAGAGUGCGUCUCCACUCAACCUGGCACAUUCUCCCAUUACCACUCAAGGCUACCCACCGUCUGGCUAUCCCGGAGCCCCCCCACAACUCUACAUGCCCCAGCUUCACCGACCUGAUGUAAUGAAACCAGGCCUGCAUCCUGGACUGGUAGGUCACCUGACAGGAUGAUGGGAGACACUGCAGGCCUCCACCCAUUCACUCGAGCUGGGAGGGAGACCCGCUUUUAGCUCAUACAACACUCGAGGGGGAAAAAAAGAGUGGAAAGAUGUUUUAAUCGUGGAGCAUGAAUCAGAAAAUAUCAGCUGUGACCCACCUCAACACUGCAAAACUCUAAACCAUCUGCUUUGAUUUAGAACUUUCUCCAUAAAAGCACAUUUCCUCCCAAAAUGUGCUGAAUUCAGCUCGUAGUGGGACCGAGGCUGCUUGUGUUCAUGCUGUGCAAAUCAAGAACAUUCCGAUUUAUUGAAAACAAAAGACUCCUAUGCUUUUAUUUUUAUUUUUUGACAGUUGAGUCAAUCUCUGUGCAAUACUUGUGUAGCUGCCACAAAACUGAAAUAAGAUGAAGAAAAAAAUUCAGUGACAUCACUUUUUAGUGAAGAUGUUAAAAAUUGUUGGCAUAUUGAUGAAUCACUAGUAAAAUGUCUGAAAAAACACCAUGAGGUGUUUUUAUCCUGCAGUAUUAGAAUUCAUUUUAAAGUUUACAAAUCUUUACCAUUUACUUGCUCCAAUCUUUGAAAACGUUAAGUUCAAACUUGUCUCCUUUUAUUCAGUAUUUCUUGUAUUUAUAAGAACUUCCACACGUUGCUUACUUGACAACUUGCUGUCAGAGUGCAAUCAGAACCGUUACUCUAGCUAUUAGUUUGAGAUUUUAAAAUGGAUUAUAAUAUAUUGAAAUGUAACCACAAUAUUUUCACUCAUUCAAAGCAUUAAUUCAAUUUUGUCAUGUAUUUUUUUUUUCUUGUUUUGUUUUUUUUUGUACUUGCAAGUGACUAAUUAUUGCCAUCUUUUUAGUAAAUGUGUUCAAACUUCA